UGCUUCCGAUGGUGGCUCAGCGGUAACAUGUUACACUGUUGAGAUGUCAAAGCCCGAACACGAAGAUCGGGGACAAGUCUACCAAGGUCUUGAGCUAGAAUGCACAGUGAGCAACCUCUUGCCUGGGCAGACCUACAGCUUCUGGGUCAGAGCUGCCAAUAAAGCGGGGGUACGUUGUCAUACUACUUGUUGGUAUAUGUCUGUCGCAAUGUAUUUAUUUUGUAUCAGUCCUUAUUUGUGUGUUUUUAUUUAUUUAUUUUUUACUUAUAGUGCGGACCCUUUUCAGAAAAAUCUGAAUUCUGCACAGCUCCUGGGCCACCUGAACGAUGCAAAAUGCCCUUAUUGAUCUGUAAGACGGCAAACUGCGUACUAGCUAGCUGGGAGGUAGGCGUGUUUCCUUUACCCAACUCUUUUGUGUUGAGAGUUUUGUUAUGUUUAGUUUAGUAUGAGGAUCAGUAUAUUAGAAACACCUCUAUUCUCUUGGCAAAGUAAACUAGUGACCCUUCACAUGUCUAGGUUUUUGUUAAAGGAACACUCUUAGUCUGCUGUAGUGGUUAUGGUGUCAGGUGUGCCCUCCCAGGUUACAUAGUCAAAUGUUUGCAAAAUGGCUUGACCACUUGCCUGGAGUCUGCUGGGUUACAGUUGUAGCUUCCUGAGAACGUGUAUCCUUGCAGCACCUUCCUGUAACUCCAGUGAGCUAAGACCUGCGGUGCAGAGCCGGUUCAUUGAUUGUCAGCCAAUAAGCUUUGCACUCUCUGGGUAACUAGCACUGUUACUGACUAUUGGGCAUUUCACAAAGUUACUUUCUGUUUGUAGGAAUUUCCGUUUUCUGCAAAUUCCUACUGAAGGCAAAAAUAAUAGUAAUGCAGAUGAUCAUGCAUUUGCAUGGUUACACUGUUUCUUAAUGCAUUCAAACUAUUUGCAGUGAAGGAGGUUUUAAGGUGUUUUUUCUCCACAAUUGAAAGCUGUUGAAUGUCUCAAAUUUAGUUUUUUUGGCAUGAAAUUUCAUCCUUCUCUAAUCAUUCACUGAAUAGUUUUAUAAUCACAUAUCUAUGUACAUUUUAAGGGCAUACUGUAUACUUCAUAGUCCAGGGGUAAGCAACCUUCGGCACUCCAGAUGUUCUGGAAUACAUCUCCCACAAUACUCUUACAGCCAUGAAGCUGGCAAAGCAUCAUGGAAGGUGUAGUCCGAAACCUCUGGAGUGCCAAAGGUUGCCUAUCCCUGCUACAGUAUUGUUAACAUGUAGUUAAGUUGUUUUGUGAGUAUACAGUAAAAAUAAUUAUUAAGUGAAUGGCAAGCAAUAAAAUGUAUUUAUUUAGCUCUAUGCUGGUUGAUAAGCCAACCCAAUUUUUCCCUAUCAUUUUCUGUAUUUAAUCUGUUCUUAAACUCAUGGUAUGCUCUCUUAAGUGGAUUUAAUUCCCCUGCCUUCUGCUCUUGGAAUGUGUGUGGCAUCAGCGGCUGGACAGAGCAGCUGCAGUGGCCAAGGAUAUUUGUUUACGAACUGUGAUUUAAAGAGGCAGUGUGCUUCUGUUUGUAUUGUCGUUGACAUUCUUUGUUUUCUUGAAGGUUCCUUUAUGCAACGGUUCAGAAGUCACCGAAUACAGGUUAGAAUGGGGAAGGAUGGAUGGAUGCAUGCAGAUAGUUUACGACGGCUCAUUUUCGAGCUAUGAAAUCAAAGGCCUUACACCGGCAACUACAUAUUACUGCAGAGUCCAGGUAGUGACACCAGAUAAUUGUUUUUUAUUUGAAAAAGAAUAACUAACAAUAUUUAUUUUGCUUUUUCCUAUUCCACCCACCCUACCCUGUCCUCUUUUUCCUUUACUCUCCAUCCUUUCUUCAUCUCUUUUUUCUUUCUCGCUCUCUCUCUCCCCCUCUCCCUGUUAACCUCUUUACAAUUUGUUUGUGUGUGUGUGUCUGUCUGUCUGUCUAUUGAUAUGACUGUCUCUAAUUUUCUUUUAAUCUUUGUGAAAUGGUAAAUACAGUGUAAAUCUUUUAAAAGAUAUAAAGAAAUGCUUCUCCUUUCAGGCUGUUAAUACAGCUGGAGCCGGACUAUUUGGAGAUACUGCCGUGGUGACCACUCCAGCGUCUGUUCCAGCUGCUGUGUCAAUUUUACAAGUGGUCGAUGAAGAACUUUUAGAAGCCUCACUUCCUUCCCCAUCCGAGUGCCUUGCGAUUGCCUGGAAAGAGCCAUGUUGCAAUGGGUCCGAUAUAACUGGCUAUAACAUAGAAUAUGGGGAUAAGCAGCAGCUAACCGUAGACUGUGUUACCAGCUGUAUUUUACAGAACCUGAUCCCUGAUCGCACCUACAGGUAAUAUAUUUACUGUGCAUUUACUAAUCACAUAAACCCCACAGAUGUUUUAUUUUUUUGUGUUGCCCAAUGGUUCGGAUAAUGUCAUCUGAUAUUCUUUUUGCUGGAUUACAGUUGGGAGUGGGAAAGGUUGUCCAUUACUGCACUUAAAAGUAAAUACUUCAAUAUUGCACAAAAGCUAUUUUUAUUUUUUUUAAAUUCUUUAUUUUAUUUGUGCAUGUGAUUAUUAAGUGUGUUUGCUUUUCCACAACAGCUGGAGCAAACUAGGUGGUAUACACAUGAAAACAGUAUUAUGGCAUUGAAAGCUUUGCACAUUUUUUAAAAAUUAAGUAGUCAGGAUGAACAUGUAUGACAUCACGCUGUGAGAUACAUAGUUGUAACUAAGAGUAGUUAAUCAUCGUGCGAGGUAAACGUCCCUAUCAAACAUGCCAUCUGUUUAUAACUUGGAUUAAAGAUAGACAGGUAUAGCACAGUACAUGGUAAGAUACAUUAACAGCAAUAAUAUGGUAGGCAUUAACAAUACACAUGCGUUAUCCAUGUAGCUGAAAGCAGGGGAAACUCCUAUGCACUGGGGUUACUACGUGUACUAUGUACCUAUGGAAAUGUCAAGUUGUCUUAGUGCUAGAGUGUUAGUCUGCAAAAUAAGUAAUAAGAGGCAUAAGGUCACACUACAGCAUGUACGAGAGCAACAACACUUGAUAAUCAGAUAAACAGAUUGCAUGCAAUUGUACUGUGAGAAUUUUGCAUUUCGUGGCUUGACGAUGAGGAAGCCCAUUUUUAUAUGGUAAUUUUAAUGUUGAGCGGAGAUGUCUAAUUAAUUGGGGAAACAACACAUUCAAACAUAGAUUAACUGCUAGACCUGGUGAAUAACUGUUAACUGAGUAAUGCCACUGGGUGCCAAACGCUUGGGGGAAUUGAUGUACAGGGUCAAAAUGAGAAAGCAACAUGGAUUAUUGCCUGCAGAAAGUUAAAAAGCUAAGGCUGCAGACAAGAAAUAAUUAAUUAGAGGGUUCAGCCUACUCCUUUCAUAUUGUGAAUGUUGCCAAGGUAAAAGUAACGGCACAUAUCCCACUUAUCUGCUCCCCACCAGCUCCAAGCCCCCCUAGAGUCCAAUGCUCUAGCUGCACGGGUCUCCUCAUGAGUGACAAUCCAGUGUUGUGGAGACGGGCCCCUACAGCUCCCAGCAUGGGUGCAGUCUCUUUUUAUGCCGUUGUGAGGUCGAUCAGGGCUAGUAAUCUUGACAGGGCUUUGGUGCCUGGUUGAUGUACGCGUCGGGUCUCGCUGAGCGGGAACUCUCCGACCGCAACUGAAUGCAGGGGUGCGGCGGCAGGCUGCUAUGUUCAGUGUGCUGCGAGCCUGUGUCUUCUGCGUCCCCGGCCUUCUCCUCCUAACCCUCCGGUGUUGGUGGUCACAUGUCUGCGGCGUUGGUGGCUUUAGCCCCCCCACCUUCGACCUUCUGCGGUGGCCAUGUGGGUGUGUUCCCACCACGUGUUGCCGGCUCUCGGGUCGGAUCUCGGGGACGUUACCCAGGCGAGUGGUGAGUACGCGGACAUCCAGUUUUGCACAGAAUUGGGCACAUAUUCUGUCAAAGGCCUGCAGGAACGUGUCACCACAGGUAAGCGGUUGUGGAGUGGUCUGCGGAGCAGCAGGCUGUUGUGCAGCGGCCAUCUUGGGUAUGAGGCAGGCUUCAAUCUCUGGUUUCGCUGCAGGUUGCAGUGCUUAUAGUGUGACCCAGAUGAAUGCCAGUGGGGACCGGGAUAACCCCCACACCGGGGAAACAGGGCUCAGAGGUCGAUGGGUUUCAGGCCCGUACAGGGGGUCGGCCGCCCCCCCAACCCCCACCACAGGUGAGUUGAAAGGGUGAGUUUGCAAUGAGGUCUUCUUUGAGGUCUGUGCCCUUCAGAGUUGCAGCAAAGCCGGUCGAGUUUGUCUCUGGGUGUUCCUCAGAAGGGUUAAGUGUGUUUGUGCCAUAAGUAAGAUACCAAACUUUAAGAUUAGGAUCAGGAUUCUGGUAUCCUUGAGGAGCUUCAGUUACAUGCGACCAUCUUGGGCUCCAGUCAGGCCCCGCCCCCACGAAAGCUAUUUAAUCGCAACUUAAUAUCCAUUAAUUAAUGCUACCAUUAUGGCACUAGAUAUUUGUGUGUUGCAUUUCCCCCUGGGCUCGUCCAGCCUGUGUUUAUGGGAAGAACAAGUUUAGAACCAAUGAAUUUAAAAAUCAGGUUGGGAACUUUAUUUGAUGACUGUAUAUUUACAGCUUGCUGGUAAAUUUCAAACAUAGUUAAUUAUUUUGUGGCCCUUAAACUCUUGUGCAAAGCUUGUGGUGCUCAGAGUCAGAAAUUAAUUUUAUUGCAAGAAAUAUUAAACAAACAGUUUCUUCACUUAUUAAAAAAGGAAAAUGGCAACUUGUGUGGCCGGAAAAAUUAUAAAGUAUUUAAAAGAAAAAGGGUAAUUUACUAAGAUCAAAGGAUAGACUACAAAUAUGGUUCAUACAGAAUAGGUUAAAUUGUCUGUGAGUUAAAGAAUAUAGGCAGGGAAAACCUUGAAAUGUGUCUUAUGAGAUAUCUGCUUCCAUUUGCAUUGUUUUAUAUGACGAUGUCCUGAAAUUGCAUCUUAAAAUACCAGCCCUCCACUGAAUCUCUGUCAGCCAGAAACACAGCCAGUGCCUGGCUAAGCUUAGUGGUAAUAGUAGUUCAGUAAGAGAUGGAAUUCUGGAAUUUUGAUAAUACUUCCAUAAUGCCCCUACAUGUUCUUUUGAGCUCUGCCGGGUAUAAAGUGUGCAUAUGCGGUUCAGACUGAUAUCUGUGUUCAAUGUUUGGAAAAUCGUUUAAAAAAUGAAAUUACUUUUCCUUUCUUGCAGGAUACGGAUCCAGGCCAUAAACAGUUUUGGAGCAGGUCCUUUUAGCCCGUCUAUUAAAGCCAAAACCAAACCACCACCUCCUAACCCUCCCCCUCUGGAAUGUGUAGUUUUCAGCCACCAAAGCCUUAAGUUGAAAUGGGGUGACGGAUCGAGCAAAGCUUUAGCAACUGAAACUUCACAGUUCAAUUUACAAAUGGAGGAUAAGCUCAGCAGGUGAGUAGCUGGCUGGGGCUUGAGAACUGAUUAAUGAAUGACUCAUCAAUCCUGCAUGUUACCAGCUCAUUAGUGACAUAAAGGUAAUUGGUUAAAAUUUAACGUUGAGAGAUUCAGGUUCUCCAGACAUUAGCGAUGGUUUCUGUUAAUGGGCACAGAAUCAACUAAUUAAUCUUCUGGAGGUUUAAAAGCUCUGUUUGCUCAUUACUUUCAGCAGUUUGGCGCUGGGUCUCCUCACAGCUUGAAAGACAUGAGCUGGUGCAUUCUACAGCAUUUAUUUUCACUUGUUUCUAAGGAAAAUUAACAAUACAGUGCUUUUUUCUUUAAAUUAUUUUACUUUUAAAAGGAUACUAUAGGCACCCAUACCACUCCAUCUCAAUAAAGUGGUCUGCGUGUCAGGACCCCCUCUCCCGUCAUUCUAAUGUUGCAACUGAAAAUAUUGCCGUUCUGCAGAACUGCAGAGUUUAUAUGCCUAUGGUACAGGGGUAGGCAACCGUCGGUACUCCAGAUGUUGUGUAAUACAACUGUCAGGAUUAUAGUUGAUCCAGCACGCAGAAUUGUAUCACACCUAAAGACUAAGGAUUACGUCUAACCGGACUUAACGUACCGAAGAAUAGUCAAAAUAAUUGCAGAGGUCAGGGACACAGAAUGAGACGCAACGAUGAGGAAAGACAGAAGUCAAGAAUACCAGAAAUCAGGGAAGUCAAAACAAAGCCAUAGUCAAAUACCAGAAAAACCAUGAUCAGGAACACACUCUCGGAUAACCAGCUAGUGGAAACCACGACAGGACACUGGUAAAACCAUAAUUUGGGUUUAAAUAACCCUCGAUAGGCUGUAAUUGGCUGUCUCUGACCUCUGUCCCCAAAAUGUAUGUGCACGUCUAUGACGUGACGUCGCACACAUGUUGGAGCCAUCUUUAAGUUUAUUAUAAAAUGCUGAUCCACAGUGACCGGCAUUCCUAAGAACGUCGCACCCACUGGGGACCGGAACGGAGGGAGACCGGGCAGCUGCCUUCCGCGAUCAAGGUAAGUUUCAAACCUUUCUGUCCGCGUGGCUGCCUAGUUUAUGUGCAGCCACGCCGACAGGAGAACCGUGACAACAACUCCCUUGAUGCUUUGCCAGCAUUAGGACUUUAAAAUGAUUAUCUCAGUCGAGGAAGCUGUGAUAACUAUAGAGUCCAGUGCUGUAAGGGAAAAAAGGUAAGUAAAAUACCACCCCACCCCCCUCUACAGUUUGGGGGCCGUUAAUUUAAAAGGCCACCAGGCCACUAUAACGUUAGGAAUAUACACCUUUAAACUUGGUGCUGCUUCCGUCUACUUAGUGUAGCAACCAGCCCCUCUACUACAAUGGAAUCUACACAUAAUUAGAGAUUGUAUUUAUUUAUAAUAUAUAAUUUGUGUGAAUUGUCACUUGUUAAAGGCUAGAGAUGAGUGGGAAUUUUAAGCUGUGUUCUAUAUACCUAAAUCACUUACUGAACCUCCUACCUGUAAUGUAACUUGUAAAGUACAAAGUGCAACUAUUUACACUAUGCAAAUUAAAAAAAAAAAUACAGUAAUAAAAAAGAAAUAAUAGUUUUGGCAAAAUGAAACACAAGACUGUUUAUUCAAAGCACACUGCAUUGUAGUAAAUUGUAAACGUUAUAAAUAAUUCUCCAGUACCAAUAUUGUCAAACUUUUGGUGAUUUAGGCCGAGGCUCAAGUUUGACCAACUUAACGGGUUCAUCAGUCAGGCUGCCUGGGUCUGUCAGUUUUUCAAAAGUGGUCUGCAGUGGUGUACUGCGGGCGGGGGUGUGAGGAGUUUAGUGGGUCCGCCCCGGGUACCACCAAUUAGGUGGGGGCCAUGAUCCUGGUCUGGGUGCUGGAGGGGGAUGUGUGAACUGUACCCCAUGACAGCUGGGGUGCCGGGCGGCCGGCACAGCUCACAAGUGUAGAGACCAGCAAUUACUAGCUGAACUGGCCGCACGGAAGGAAAGUGGAGGCAUAGCUAAGAAAAGCCAGGGCAGGGUCAAACCGGCAGCGGGGACAGAGCUUAACAAGGCCCUUACCCGAUGUUGCUACUGCUGCACAUGGAGGUGCAGCAAGAAGGAAUCCCUGCUUCUCCAACUAACUAGGUAUGCCCCUGGUAGUCUGUAUAGUGGAGUGGCACCACAUCAACACAAAAACGAGCCUGGCUGACCUUGAACAUGUGGAGACGGAGGGGUUGACCCCUGCUUUGGUGUGGCUCGAAGACAAAAUGGCUAAUUUGUUAUCUCUAAUCUUUAAAAUUUCAUCUCUAAGAUCUCCCUUGUGUGUGUUUUUUUUUAUUUUAAUAUUGCUACUGUUUGCUUAAUAAUUUGUCAUGUUGAAAACAAACCUAUUAGGGCCAAUAUAAAAGAUUGAAUCCUUCUAUUCCUAGGUUUUUUACAAUCUACAAUGGUCCAUGCCACACAUUCAAGGUUCAAAGAUUAAAUGAAUCAACUACAUAUAACUUCAGAAUCCAAGCCUACAAUGAUGCAGGAGAGGGGCCAUUUUCUGACGUUUACAACUUUACUACAACCAAAUCUCCACCAGCGGCAUUAAAAGGUGGGAAAUUCGGACUGGUUAGGUUUUUUUCAAAAGUCUAUCUGGCAGAGUGUGGAAAAAAAAAAUGUUUUAGCCCUCCAUAAACUGGUUGCUUCCAUGAUUAGCUUUGCAAUGACAGAAGGCAGUAAGUAUAGAUCUGAAGAAUAUUGAAAAUAACUACUUUUUACCUACAUGUAUAGCGUAGCCUACAUACUACAUACUGAUUGUUUUGUCAUCCAAUAAAGGAUUUAGUGAUCAAACCAACCAAACAUUUAGAUGUUUAUUAAUAAAAAGUUAAUAACAUUAUCACUGCUAGCGGUCAAGUGUCAGCUAGGUUGCAAAAUGUCCAUGUUGGAAGUAUUCUUUAUCUUAUCUAAUGUGAACAAAGUUUUACAAGUCCUGUUAUCAAGUGACCACAAUGUGCUUUGUUAUAAUGCAGAAUGCGAUUGUUUGCUUUUUAAAGUGCCAAGUAUUUCAUUUAUUGCUUGUGCUGAUAAAUUUAUGGCUUUAACAUAAUUUAUGAUUUUCAGCAACUAAUGUCCGUACUAGUUCACGUCUAGCCUUUGUGUGCCUCUGUAACCGUACCACGGGUAAUGACCCACUACAAAUAUGUCCAUCGACAAAUGGUAUUCACAGCAUCUCACAAGGCCAGUGUGCUUUUGCAUUACUAUAUAUUGUGAGAAGCGACAUGUGUUACAAAUGAGUAGCUGGAGGCAAGCACCUGUUUUGGAGAAGGCAGGUGUGAUCUUCAUUUAAAAGCAUAUUUUAUUCCAUAUAUUUUCAUGUGAUUUCACCGUAGGUUGAUUGUUUUUCCCACAUCUUGUAUUUAAGUAUGACAUUGAUGUAACUUAUGAGUUUCCUUUGAUUUACAGCACCUAAAGUACAACAGAUUGAACCUUAUUUGUGUGAAGUUACCUGGGAGGCUUUGCAGCCCAUGCGAGGAGAUUCCAUUGUUUACAUCCUUCAACUUACCAACGGGAGAGAGAUCGAUCAGGUAUGUAAUGAAAUUGUGAAAUAAUUGUAUUACAUUUUAUAGUUAUUAAAUUUAUAUGGUGUAUUUUAUAAUAUACCAUAUAGGUAUUAAUGAUGUAUGUGCACACAGUCAGGGGACUGGGAUGGCCAUGGCAGAACCCUGAUUUUGUGGUCAGUAAAUGUUCAUUUUAAUGUAUGUUUUUGAUCAUUGUCUUGCUGGAAGAGCCAACCAUGGCCCAUUUUAAGAUGUCUGGCAAAGGCAGAUGAAUCCAUGCAUCUCUGUAAGGAAUGUUCAGCUCCUCUAGGCAGAAACACCUCUAGUGGGCGUCUCCGUGACUGCCACUAGAGAUGUUACUUGGCAGCAAUGUAAACACUACCUUUUCAAUGAAAAGGCUGAGUUUGCGGUGAAAACCUACAGUCGAUUAUCCAUUUUGCACAUUGCGUGAGCAGUCCCAUUGUCUUGAAAAUAAUUUUUUAAGGAGUGUUUUGUUUUUUUCCGGCUGUAAUUUUGGUGGAUUAAGCAUCAGACCAUCAACUUAAUAUAGGUCUUCAUAUCAGUUCAUGAGUUCAGAUAAGAACAUUCCUCAGAACCAUAACAAAAUGGGGGAUGGCUGAUUGGCUACCCUUGGCCUGCAUUUGUCAAACACAAAGUAACACUGUAUUUUUUUUGUUGAACAGGUAUACAAAGGGCCAGACACUUCAUUCAGUUUUACAAACUUUCAAACAAACUGUGAAUACCGGUUUCGAGUUUGCGCUGGACGACAAUACCAAGAUUCUACAGGAUUGCAGGAAUUAUAUGGACCUUACAGUCCAAGCACCACAUUCUCAUCUCAAAGACAAGAAUUGGUCCUACAGUGUCCAAACACUACCACGGAAUCUACAAAGGCCAAGAGGAAGCCCCUAAGUGAUGAGCAAUUUGCCAUUUUGCUACUGAUGAUGUUUGCAGUAGUGGCUUUCCUGUUUGCCGUUGUUAUUCAGUACUUUGUAAUCAAGUAGAUUUUAUUUGUCUGUUUCAAAAACAACCUGUGCUUUUUUUCUUUUUUUUUUUCUUUCAAUAUUUAUGUUUAAUUAUUCUAAUUAAACUUAUAGGUGGAAAUGAUUGUAUUAUAUAUAAGUGCAUUUCCAUUCUUGCUGCUCACUCAUUGAGAGGCUGGAUCGACUGAAUCCUUCCUACAUGCAAAAACAUAAAGCAUCAUGAAAUUCUUAGAAAGGGAAUUAAAAUCCUGUGUUCUAGAACCGUGGUGUGAAAUGCCUUAAUAGACUCUUAAAUGUCAAGACAGCGCUGUUCGUUUAUGUGGAACCUCUGCUUUUAAAGCACGUCCUUGUUAAAUGUUCAGCUUUCGCAAGUGGUAGUUGACAAAAGGAAUAGUUUGUUCAAAAAAGAAAAGAAUGAUAGGCAUGCAGUUUCCACUCUUCCCUUUGGCCUCACAGGCCUGGCAAUGAAAGGGUGUGCAUAUACGAAAGGCAUUAGGGAAGCUUUUAGGAAAUCGUAGACAAGCACACUGUGAUUUAUUGUAUAAUCAGACGAUGUGAUAUUUGUGAAAUGGAAGUGAAGAAUAGAGAUGUGCGAAUCAAGUUUGCAAACGGACCAGUGGGUCUACAUUUCUUGGCUUUUCCACAUUGAUAUUAGGUUCUAUUAAAAUCCACUUUGCCUCCUUCCGUGUGCUAGACAUUGAAGGGUUUAUUUACUAAACUAUGCUGAAAAGGAAUUUGCUAAAUUUAAGGACAAAAUAAAAAAAGGUAAAACAAAUCCUCCCAGUUCCGUUUUCAAUAUCUCGUUUAGUAAAUAGCCCUCAGUCUUCAUUAGAACGCUGUCACCUUCUGUAAUGAAUACAGAAAAUAGAGCUGUAAUGAAAAACUGACUGUUCUUUCGUGAAACGGACUCGAGAUGGCGUACACUGGUUUUUUGUUUUUUUUUGAGAAUUUUAAGUAACUUCGAUACUGAUAAAACCUGAGAGUUCUGUAUAAUCUUUUAUAAGCUUACAUCUGGUGUGUUUGUGUAAACACAGUGUGUAUGGGUGCAUAUAAUUAUACAUACACUCAUAAAAAAGAGAUACUCCAUGUAGAACUUUCAUUGCAUUUCAGUAAAUCCUUAAAGGGACAGUUAGGCCUACUUUGUUCCAUAAUCACAUGAAUGAAGUCAUCGAUUUGAUUCAUGCCUGUGAUUUGUAAAGUGCCAUAUGGCGUUUCUCAGAGUAACCACCUAUUGCCUAUAACUCCUCCCCUUUCUCUGAUGCGCCAAACCAGCUGUCAAAACGAUAGCAUCAGGAAUAUUGUACAUGUACUCUGUUAGUGCAUGCGCACAGUUUUCUUCUAACAAUAGCUCGUUCAACGAGCCUAUGAUGCCAAAGGAAGGAGAAUACGGCAUUUAUCUGUGAAACACUGCUCUGAACGCAACUCAUUUUUCCUAGACAGGGAUUUUUCAGGAUACUGCUCCUUUAAUGAAUUCAAGUUAUCCACCAUCUGAAUGGUUUAAUGUAGAUUUGCUAUAUUUUUAUAGUAUGUCAUGUUAAAACAAAGCCGUGCUGAUUAUAUGUCUGUAGGAUUAUAAGGGAAACACACCAUUAUUGGUGUAAAAAUGAAUCCUAUAUAUUUUUUUUUUCUUCCUGAAAAAAGAAACUAAUGUUUAUGGAGUUUGGUGCUAAUAAAAUGGGCAUCCUUAAUAUAAUAGCACGGUAAUGUGAAGCAUGACCAUGCAGCUUCUUGCUUCCUACGAAUUCUUUAAAUUAUGUAGUGUACCUUUAAAGCAUUAGCUAAUAUUUCAACUCUUUAAUUGCAAUAUGUCCAAUCCAUUCAAUGUGUGCUAUUUCUGCCUUUUGAAGGGUAAAUAGGCCUUACGAACCCAUGAAGUGUAUGCAAAUCCAUUUCCAUAUGUUGACCUGCUUUGCAUUUCAUUUAUAUGUUAGAGUAAAAAAAAAAUAUAUAUAUAUAUCUAUAUCUAGUUUUCUGUGCUUCUAAAGAACAUAUUGCAGCACUUUCUGAAUAAGCACAGAUUUGUCUUUACGGAGGGGGAAAAAAAGUGCAUUUAUUAUAAAUGUUACACUAUUUAGCUCAAACUGAGCAAAUAAAUGUUUUUAUACUGUCUGUACUCUAAGAUAUAAAUGCCGCACGUUUUUGUUUUUUGUUCUUUACAGAGAUGCCCAUAUGAUGUAUUAUCUACUAACCUAAAUAUUUUUACAAAUAAGAUGUUUUUUUUUGUAAGAAAAUUAUCGUGCUGAUAAAUAUAUAUAAGUAUAUAAAUAUACAUUCCAUCACUUUAUAUUUCAGAUUUUUUUUUUUUUUAGUUCUCACAAUAUGCCAUUGUUAUUUAGAAUAUUUUAUAUCUAUUAAAACAUGGAUUUACAAAUGUGUGAGCAUAAUUUGCAUCAAUUUGACGAUGACUGUUUCUAAUAGUACAUGAGCUAUGGUCCAUUUUAAGAAUAUCUUGUCCGAGUCACUUUUAUUAUAGAAAAUAAAAUCUACAAUAACUCUAUUGUAGCAAAAUAUAGUGUUUAUUUUUCAUGUGAAUUUUUUUCUUUUUUAUCAAAUCCUUAAACAUUUUUGAUUUCCAAACCUUUUGCAGAAAUGCAAAUCAUGUGCUAAAGCCCUUUUUUUUUUUUACCAUUUUAUGUAAUAUGUCACCCUUUUUUUUUUUUAAUGCAUAGUUGGAUGUCUUGUGUAUUUCUCCUGUUUAACAUUAAUUAAUCUAGAAAUUAUGUCUGCAUAUCAACCUGUAUUGCCACUCCCUUUAUAGUAGGCUCGGUGCAAUCGGAAAAAAAAAUGUAAAUUUUUUUUUUUUUCUAGAUAUCUACACUUUGUAUUUGAAUUCUAUUUAUUUUGAUUUAUUAAGUCGCGAAAAAGUAAGGUUUGAAUGUAUUGUUCAAAUUGUAGCAGAAACAAUCAUCUCACGGUGAAAUAAAGUAAUUCCAGUAUUAACCCUUUCUCUGUCAGACCACAGUUCAAUGCUGACCCCUCUCACAGGCAAAGAGUUAAAUGAUCUUGAUGAGUGUCUGCGUGUGUGUCUGUAAAUAUGUUUUUGUACACUUGUUAGUGUCCGCUGUAUACAGACAUGUUUACAUUUUAUUCUGUAUUUGACUAUUUUACAUUUGUUUCUUUUCAUUUAUAAAAAGAUAGACUGUGUCAUCAUUGCCAAAGGAUUUUUUUUUUUUUAUUAUUUCUUAGCGAACAGAUUUUUUUCAAAGACACAUUACUUUAAACCGUCAUUUUUUUCCUUUAUUUUUAAGUUGUUUUCUUGGUUUUUUUUUUCCAUUGUAGACAGCAAUUGUAUUACAGGCUUCAACACGUACUAAAAAUUAUAAUGGUUCAUAGUGCAAAAAAAUAAAGCUACUAUAAUUUACUGAAUUAUUAGCGUACUGCCAUCAGACACUUACUGCUACUUUUUUCAUAGUUUUUUGAUUUUUUUUUUAUCAUUAUUAUUAUUAUUGAGAUUUUUUUUUUACAGACUAUUAUACAUUCCAAAUUUAUGUAAUUUAGUGGAGUCCUUGUUAGAGACAUGUUGCUUUGUAUCUUCAUUGUAAUUUUGAGGUAUCUUCUACAAUAUAAUAAAAUUACCCUGCUUAUGUAUAACUAAAUUGUUACUAUGAAAUAGUUAAUAUAUUUAAUGUCCAAUAAAAAGUAUAAAAAUGUUUAUAGGGGAGUUUGUUUCUUGGGUUGUAGUUUUCAAACUGCAUUUUUAUAAUGCUAUAUUUUUGCAGAACAAGGCUUACCCUGCUGUUAUUCCCCUUAGAACUAAUCUCUCAUGUUUUUAUUUUUUGCCUAAUAAAAUUCUUCUAAUUCUGUCUAAAUGUUGUGUCUUUGUCCCUGGCCUAUACUAACAUAUCCUAUUUUCAGACGACUGUUGUGUAAAUGUAUGGACUUUAUAAAAUUAUAAUACUGCCUGAAUAUUGAUUGGCUACCUCCCACUAUUAAACCUCAUUGGUCGAGAUUUGUG